AUGAAAAUAUAUUCAAUCCUUAACUCUGUUGGCAAAGCUUUUUCUCUAUUCAUUGGGCUUCGAAACCAAAAAAUUCGACGCGUUAAACGAGCCCUAAAUGGUAAAAUCUAGCUAGUUGUAAAAUGUGAUGUUUUAAUUCCUGUCAAAAAAGACCCGAUUCAGGAAAAAAGAAGUUCUCUGGGUCUUGGAGUCCAAAAUCCGUACCCAGCGAUCAAGAUAUUUGGCCGAGCAGAAGAAGGGUUUAAAGCAGUAUUUAGUGCGCCUAUUUUGGGCUGCCAAGAAAAAAAAAUCGGAGUAACUUUUUAUCGAUUUUUGCAUAGAGUAUGCAUAAGACCUAUACUUGAUGCAAUUGAAUCAAUUGAAAGUGAAAAUUUAUUCCCUUAAACCUAAGCUUUUCUUUAUAAAAUAUUAAAAAUUUUUCUAUUUUUUCUGCAGAAAAGCGGCUAAUUUUUUAUUAAAAAUACCUUUUUUAUCAAAAAAGAAUAUCAGAUUAUUCAGAUGAAGGACUUUGGGAUAUCAAUACUACGCAUUCAUCGUUCGUCGCUUCUUCAGAUGAAUCCGAAAAAGCUUUGUCAGUUUGUUAA